CGACACGCCGUUGGAACGGCAGCCCAGUUCACUCACAUCACAGUUCAGAGUUUCUGGACCAAACGUAAGAUAUUGCAUGUGUAACAUGCAAACUCGAAAAUAAACCAGUUUAGAGGACUUUAAGGUAAAAGCCAUGGCUGUGAACGUGUACUCGACAUCAGUGACAAGUGAGAACUUCAGCCGCCAUGACAUGCUCACAUGGAUAAACGAGUCUUUACAGAUGAACCAUGCCAAGAUCGAGCAACUGUGCACAGGUGCUGCAUACUGUCAUUUCAUGGACAUGUUGUUUCCAUCGAGUGUUCCACUGAAGAAAGUCAAAUUCCAGGCCAAACUUGAGCACGAAUACAUCCAUAACUUCAAACUACUUCAAGCCAGCUUCAAGAAGAUGGGAGUAAGCAAAAUUAUCCCAGUUGACAAGCUUGUGAAAGGCAAGUUCCAGGAUAACUUUGAGUUCGUGCAGUGGUUUAAGAAGUUCUUUGAUGCAAACUAUGAUGGAAACGAAUAUGACCCGGUUGCAGCACGACAGGGACAGGAUUCAGCGGACAAACCGAUUCCAGCAGCAGCCACGGCUAACAAGCCAAAGAAAGUAACCUCAGCUCCACAGCGUUCAGCCACAGCACCCAAGUCUGCACCAAAGACAGCUCCAGCUGCAAUGCGCGGUGGAGGUGGUGGCGAUGAAGACAAAGGAGCGCUUGCUCAGAUGGUAAAUGAACUGAAGACCACCAUUGCAGACAUGGAGAAGGAAAGGGAUUUCUACUUUGGCAAACUCAGAAACAUUGAGCUAAUCUGCCAAGAGAAGGAGGGUGAGGGUGACCCAACACUUCAAAGGAUUGUUGAUAUUCUGUACGCUACAGAUGAAGGUUUUGUAGUUCCGGAGAAUGAUGUGGGUGAACCGGAAGAGUUUUGACCAAUCCAGGGGUGACCUUUUUAAAAUUACCCCCUUGGACACUCAAAUGCACAUACUGUACUGGCUGUUUACUGCUGUUUUGCUGCACUUGCCUUUGGUCCAUUGUUUUGGACGGUGACUUUUGAAUGUCUUUUAUUCAGGGAAGUUCUAUACCUUGAAUUUUCAGCUUUUUUAUUGAACUUCAAAACAAAAUUUUUUUUUUGUGAAUGUAAAAUAAAGUAGUUAAAAUGGCUGUUUGUAUUGAGCAGUCCAAUCAAG